UAAGACAUCAGAGUGUCAGCAUAAAGAUAGCAUCGUAGUUUAUAUCCACAGUAAAACCAGUGCGAAAGGAAAAAAAUAGAAGUAAGAGGGUUCUUCUCGCCGUGGGGCGAAAGUCCAAACGAGACGAGAUGUCGCUUUCAAAGGUCACUCAAUUGCUCUUUUGUCUAGCGUUUACUUUAGGCACCACUACGUCAACGAAUAAUACAGGCACCAUUCCAUCCACUACUAAUCCAGCAACGUACAGGACACCACCUUUUACGACAUCAGCGCCAGAUUUAUGUGGCGAAAGACAAUUGUAUCCUCCGGGAAAACUCACAAGCCCUCUUUAUCCUCAUCCAUACCCUAAUCGCAUUGAUUGCAGUUGGACUAUUUCCAGCACCAAUGGAAGAAAUAUUUUACUAGAGUUUACAUCAUUCUUGCUGGAAAGUGGUUCCAGUUGUGGAUAUGACUAUUUGGAAAUUUAUGAUGGAAAUUCAACGUCAGCGAAAAGACUGGGCAGAUUCUGUGGACAGCAAUUACCAAGAAAUCUGGUAUCAUCUGGACCCAAAUUGUUCACGGUGUUUCAUACGGAUGGCUCAGUGGCAUACCCUGGUUUUGUUUUGAACUAUUCAACUCCAUAUGAUAUAGACGAAUGUAAACUUGGAUUUCACAACUGCAGUUUUGAAAAAUCAUGUAUAAAUACUAACGGAUCAUUUUAUUGCGUUUGUAUCAUCGGUUAUGCAGGCAUGGGAGAAGCAUGCACAGAUGUGGACGAAUGUGAACUUGAAAUUGACAACUGCGAUAGUCAUGCAUCGUGUGUUAAUACCAAUGGUUCCUUCAAUUGUCUUUGCAACUUUGGUUACGUUGGAGAUGGAGUGACAUGUCAAAACAUUACGAUAUGCCCGAAAAAGGUUGACCUCGGAUUUAUGUUGGACAGUUCUGGUAGUAUCGGGUCAUCUAAUUUUGAUAAAACAAAAUCUUUUAUAAAAGAUAUUACUGAUUAUUUCAACAUUUCGCCAAACAACACAAGAGUGGCAGUUAUGUCUUACGCGACACUUUCCACUGUGCACUUUUCAUUUUCUCGAAAGUUUGUCUCCCGACAAGAUCUUCACUCAACAAUAGACAGCAUUCCGUACAGUGGAGGAGGUACUAACACCGCUCAAGCAUUGAUCAAAGCUUAUGCAGAAAUGUUCAAUGACUCUCAAGUUACAGGAGUAAAGAAAGUUUUGAUAGUUUUUACUGAUGGUCAAAGCAGUGCAAAUGUUUAUCAUCCAGCGCAACAACUUAAAAACAUUGGCGUCAUCAUAUUUUCCAUUGGAAUUGGCUCAGGAAUUAAUGUUUUGGAACUGAGAACAAUGGCUUCUGCUCCUGCAGAUGAUCAUGUUUUCCUGUUGAAUAACUUCAAUGAAUUCUCGUCCUUGGUUCAGAAUCUGUCAUUCUCUGUUUGCAAUGGCAACGCGACAAGACCUUCUAAUACAUCUAAUCCAGAUACGACGCCUUCUCAUACAUCAAGUCGAGGCACCAUUCCACCCACUACUAAUCCAGCGACCUACAGGACAGUACCCUUUACCACAUUAGCGCCAGAUUUAUGUGGGGAAAGUCAACUGUAUCCUCCAGGGAAACUCACAAGCCCUCUUUAUCCUCUUCCAUACCCUAAUGGCAUGGUUUGCAGUUGGACUAUUUCCAGCACCAAUGGAAGAAAUAUUUUACUACAGUUUACAUCAUUCUCGCUGGAAAGUGGUUCUAGUUGUAAAUAUGACUAUUUGGAAGUGUAUAAUGGAAAUUCAACGUCAGCGAAAAGGCUGGGCAGAUUCUGUGGACAGCAAUUACCCAGAAAUCUGGUAUCAUCUGGACCCAAAUUGUUCACGGUGUUUCAUACGGAUGGCUCAGUGGCAUUCCCUGGUUUUGUUUUGAACUAUUCGACUCCUUAUGAUAUAGACGAAUGUAAACUUGGAUUUCACAACUGCAGUUUUGAAAAAUCAUGUAUAAAUACUAACGGAUCAUUUUAUUGCGUUUGUAUCAUCGGUUAUACAGGCACAGGAGAAGUGUGCACAGAUGUGGACGAAUGUGAACUUGAAAUUGACAACUGCGAUAGUCAUGCAUCGUGUGUUAAUACCAAUGGUUCCUUCAAUUGUCUUUGCAACUUUGGUUACGUUGGAGAUGGAGUGACAUGUCAAAACAUUACGAUAUGCCCGAAAAAGGUUGACCUCGGAUUUAUGUUGGACAGUUCUGGUAGUAUCGGGUCAUCUAAUUUUGAUAAAACAAAAUCUUUUAUCAAAGAUAUUACUGAUUAUUUCAACAUUUCGCCAAACAACACAAGAGUGGCAGUUAUGUCUUACGCGACACUUUCCACUGUGCACUUUUCAUUUUCUCGAAAGUUUGUCUCCCGACAAGAUCUUCACUCAACAAUAGACAGCAUUCCGUACAGUGGAGGAGGUACUAACACCGCUCAAGCAUUGAUCAAAGCUUAUGCAGAAAUGUUCAAUGACUCUUCAAGUUACAGGAGUAAAGAAAGUUUUGAUAGUUUUUACUGA